AUGUCGACCGACAAUCCACCAGAUUCGCCCAACGCAUCGGAUGACGCACCACAAGAUGAUGAAUCAAGAACGCUAAAAUACUCCUUGCUCGGCCCCUCGCUGACUAAAGCUGGGCAAGACAAAGUCGACCAGAGCAAAGUCUCGGAGAUUAUAUACAAUGCCUCCAAGGGCUCCAAGUUCUUCAAUCGAGAGGAGGUCAAAGACAAAGUCCUCACCCGCAAAAUCGAGCAGAUCCUCGCACGGAAGCGUCAACUUGACAAGCGGGAUCUCAGUCGAGACUUACGCAAUGCUGAUCGUCUGAUCACGGAACUGGAAGUUGCCCGUGACCUGACGCAACAUGUCGUUCACGUCGACUGCGACGCUUUCUAUGCUGCGGUGGAGCAACUUGAGAGACCAGAGCUCAAGGAAAUGCCGUUUGCUGUGGGAGGGGGUGUUUUGACGACAUGUAACUACGUUGCGCGUCAGUUUGGUUGUCGGUCGGGCAUGGCUGGCUUUGUCGCCAAGAAGCUCUGUCCGCAACUGGUGUUCAUCAAGCCCAAUUUCCAAAAGUACACUGCCAAAGCAUAUGAAGUGCGUGAGGUCCUUGCUGAGUACGACCCACGAUUCGAGAGUGCUAGCAUCGACGAGGCCUACCUCAACAUUACGGAAUACUGCCACGAGAAGAGCAUGGAUCCUGCCGAUGCCGUUGAUCAGAUGCGCCGAGAGGUCCGUCAGAAGACCAACAUAACAGUGUCAGCUGGCAUCGCGGCGAAUGCCAAACUGGCCAAAAUAUGUUCGAAUAUGAAUAAGCCCAACGGACAAUAUGUUCUACCGAGCGAUCGCAAUGCAAUCAUGUCUUUCAUGCGAACUUUGCCAACGCGGAAAGUCAACGGCAUCGGCCGGGUUCUCGAACGAGAAUUGCAGGAGAUAGGCGUCAAGACGUGCGGUGACAUCUAUGAAUACAGACAGUAUCUCGCUCAGCUAUUCGGCGAGAAGAUAUACGAAUUUCUAAUUAGUUGUUACCUUGGCCUUGGUCGAACCAGGAUUCAACCUGCAGAAGACUACGAACGGAAGAGUGUUGGCACCGAGAGCACGUUCAAUGAGAUUUCGGAUCCUGAGAAGUUGAGGGAAAAGCUACGCUGGACCGCAGAUGAACUGGAGAGGGACAUGAAGAGGGCCGAGGUUAAGGGGCGAACGCUGUGCCUCAAAGUCAAGCUCCAUACGUUCGAGGUCUACACACGACAGGUGGUCACACCCAGGGCGAUCUGCGUGGCAAAUGAUCUCUACAGUUUCGGGCUGCCCAUGCUCACAAAGCUCCAGCAAGAGAUGCCCCAGAUGCGUCUGCGCCUGAUGGGUCUCCGCUGCACACACCUCGUCAGCACCAAGAAGCCCGACACGAUGGCCUUCUUCGGUUUCCGGCAGAGAAGUGAAGGGUCCCCAGUCACGGGUGACGCCGGCGGUCAGAAGCGGAAAGCAAGCGAGAUUCUGGAACAAGAUGCAUGGGAAGAGUGGCCUGAGGAUAAGCUGCGAGCUCACCAGGAACAGAGCAUGUUAGACGACAUGUUUCCAGAUGAAGUGUGUACACCCGAGGCAGAUGAAGCAUCGUUUGGACGACACGGCAAGGAGAUUGCACCAAACCCCACGAAAGACCAGCCUGCGGCUGAUGUGGAGGAAUGGUGGGACUGUCCCAUAUGCGCCCGUCCACAGAAUGCCAAAGAGAAGACUUUCAACGAGCACAUUGACCUCUGUCUGUCGCGCCAGACCAUACGAGAUGCCGUCCAGGAAGAUGAACCGGCGCGACACCGAUCCAGUUCCCACGAGAACAGGAAGUUCAAAACGGCAGAGAGGAAGCGAGGUCGAUCGACAGGGGCGGUGGACCCUAAGCAGCGCAAGCUGUUCUUCGGGUAG